CACUUUAUCUCUUCUCUCUUUAAUGUCAACAGUUUCCCAACAAAGUAACGUCAUAGUUGAUAAAGACGGCAAACGGAAGCACACGCGGCCGACAUUUUCUGGCCAACAGAUAUUCGCCCUGGAGAAAACAUUUGAACAAACAAAAUACUUAGCAGGACCAGAAAGAGCACGACUGGCUUACGCACUCGGGAUGUCAGAAAGUCAAGUUAAGGUUUGGUUCCAAAAUCGCCGCACGAAAUGGCGCAAGCGGCACGCGGCAGAAAUGGCAUCAGCUAAAAAGAAACAAGAACAGGCUGAGGAACUGGAAGGCACUUCAGACUUGGAAGACGAUAGUUCUGAUCUGGCAAGAAGUCACGGCAUGUCUCUUGAUCAUUCUGGGUGAUGAACUGUUUGCAAACAUACAAAUAACAAAAAAUACCUUCAAGACAAUACAUAUAUACAUACGUAUACGUUAUGUAUAUGCACAUACAUACAUGUACAUAUGUAUAUAGAUUUGAAUAUAUAUAUAUAUAUACAUAAAUGCAUAUAUAUAUAUAUAUAUAUUUGUGUACUUAUAUACAUAUGUGUGUAUGUAUAUAGCGUUACACAUAC